UAAUACAGUGAAGGAAUUUCAUGAAAAGGAAUCAAAUGAAAAGAAUAAAAAACAGUGUUCAUUAGUCUGGGCUUUGGUUAGAGGAUUCUGGAAACCUUUCAUUAUUGGAACCUUUCUAGAUGUAGUAUACAGCUGUUUUCUUAUCAUUCCCUCAAUCAUACUCAGGGUCUUGUUCUCUCAAGUGCUGCAAGAUGUCAGUUUUCAGUUGGCGAGUUGGUAAAUUUAAUGGCCGUGGAUGCAGAAAAGGUUUUUCUGUUAUCUGCGUUUAUUACUUUACUUGUUUCAUGUCCUAUCAGAAUUAUUCUGGCUAUCGUCUUACUGUGGCAGUACCUAGGAUUUGCUGCAUUGGCAGGUGUUGGGGUAAUGGUUGCAAUCUUGUUAUUGACUUGGGCUGUCUUGCAUCAUUUGAAUGUAUAUCAGGCAAAACAGAUGAAAGAAAAAGAUGUUCGGCUAAAAUUUAUGAAUGAAAUUUUAUCAGGAAUAAAGGUACUGAAACUGUAUGCUUGGGAGCCUCCAUUUAUAAAACAAAUCAUGGAUAUCAGGAGCAAGGAACUUAAGUAUUUGAAGAGAUUUCAGUAUCUCAAUGCUAUAACAAGUUUCAUCUGGAGUAGUUCACCUUUCUUGAUUACCAUUUUUAGUUUUGUAACCUAUCUGUUCAUGGAUGAAGAUAAUGUGCUGGAUCCAAAUACAGCUUUUGUUUCUGUAACUUUAUUUUCUAUGUUGAGAUUCUCUCUGAUUGUGAUUCCAGACCUGGUGUCCUACCUAGUGCAG